AAAGUUCUUUUUUUCUAUUAGUCUAAAUAUUUCCAGAGUAUGUUCAGUGGUCAAUGGAAAGAAUCCAUGGAAGAUUUCAUCAGCAUUCAAAUCCCAGAUGAGAUUAUUACUGUUGAAGCCAUGGACACAGCUCUUGGGUCCUUAUACAGAGAUGAAGUUACAGUAUCGCAAACAGAGGUUAUACCACUGCUGGCGGUGGCAUGUCUUUUACAGCUGGAAUCCUUGAGCUCACAAUGUGCUGAAUUCAUGCAAGAUACUAUAAAUAACCACACAGUAUGUGAAUACAUUUCUGCAGCUCGGCAGUAUGGUGAAACUGAGGUUGAAAAAAAGUGUCUUGAAUGGCUGGAGAGAAGAUUAACCUCAUCAUGGACAGUAGCUCUACUUAAAGAGAUCAGCACUGAAUUAAUGGAGCAAGUAAUAAAGUCCCCUGGACUGUUCGUAAUGCAGAUUGAAAUUGAUGUCUACACAUUGCUGGUGAUAUGGAUGUAUUUGAAGCUACACCCAUUAUGGCAGGGGACCAACAAGGAUCUCAGGGUACAAUCAACCGACUAUUUUAGGUCUAAAAGUCAAGAAAACAGCCAGGCAUUUCUUGAGAGUCAUGAGGGGAUAGUGUUUGCUCCAGCUUUCAAAGGUCUUAGGCUUAUCCAUGUUGUGAAUGACAUCAGGUCGAUGAUAAUGUUGCAGUCAGAUAAUAUUAUUCCAACUGGUUGGUUCAGUCCAGUGUACAAGGAGCAGUGGAGAAAAAUGUUAUUUGUUUACCAAAACUUAGAUCAUGGUCCACCUGAGGAUAUGACCUUAGAACACUUUAACUUGUCUGCUCAUCGAUAUGGUCGAAUACUUGAAAAGAGUAUGAAGUACUGUUGGCGAUGGACUGGCUUUCUAUAUGGUCUCGACAUAAUAGUAAUGUACAAUAACAGAACUCGGCAGCUAAGCUUACGACGUAAUACAUACAUACACCCUACACAUGGCAUCAUUUGUGUUCAGCGGCAACACUCUUUCAUGGUUAAGGUUGACAUUGCUUCAUUUCAUUCUAAUGGAAGUGAAAAGUAUCACAAGACUUCGGGGCUUAAACACCUGGCCUUGGGUUUGGAUGAGGAAGUGCGGAUACUACAAGUUGAUAAACACGUGGCUUAUCCUAUGUACAUUAGUGCACAUAUCGCUCUGGUUAAUGUACCAUUAGACAAACAGCAGGCUACAGAAUAGGAGAGGCCUACAUAGCUGUUCUAGAAUCUUAUGUCUUCAUUCUCACUUAUAGUAAGACCUCUUUAAUUUCUUGAAUGCAACGAAUUUUCCCAUUUUAGGCUACAUGUCAUUCACUGUAGUAUCAUUUGUUUGUUCAACGGUCGUUCAUGAGAAGACACAUGAAUAUGGAUUCAACUUAAACAAAGAAAUGAUACUCUAGGGAAUGACACAAGGUCUGAAAUGGGAAGACAUUACGUCCAAGAUAAAGAGGUCUAUUUGACAGCAUUGCGCGGCAUCACUAGUCUUCGUCCAAUGAAUUGAAUCAGGAUAUAUAUAGACCCCUUGCAGCACGUUGGAAUGCAGCUCAAUUAGGAGGACAUAACAAUAGGUUUUCAAUUCUCAUUAGAUUAAGAUUAUUUUGUUUUGUCCUCCAAAUUGAGCCGCUUUGACGUCACAUACAAGGGGUCUAUACGUCAUAUCCGCUCGUACCUUGCCUAAGGUAAAAAUGAUCUUUAAAGCAGAUCAAUAAAAUAUCCAUACUACCUCCAAAGGAAAGGAUUGAGAUUUCCGAGUGGUGGGUCCAGAGGAUCUUAUCGUGGUUCAGUUCAGUCACACCUUAGAAUUUCUGAGGGGUAUGGAGGCGGGAUGUGUAAUCUUUAUUUAUCUUUAUUCCCUAUAUAUCUUAAAGUAGGGUAGAGGAAUCUAACAUUAGAGUGGCACUUGGAUGAAAACGCCCCAAUUUUUGAAAGUCCGAAUGAUUGAAGUAUUUGAGGAUAAUAUGACUCAAUUAUGAUUAUGUAAACCAGAUUAGUGAACAUUUUAGCCUGGGAGCCACUUGCUAUUGAGAUAUUUUGGUUCAAAAGCAGAAAGAACAAUAGGGUUGAGUAAUGACGUCAUUUACUCCAAAUUUAGAUGCUGAACAAAACUGAUAAUUCUUAUCCGCUACAUUUUACUGUUAAGAAAGUAUGUUGCUUGGCUACUAUUGGGACCAUAUAGAUACGUUUAACUAAGUUUAUAGUCAUUUCCAAUUUUUAUGCAUUUUCAUCCAAGUGCCCCUUUAAGGUUUCUUUUUCUUGGAGAAGCAUUGAUGUUCUCUGAAACUAUCAUAAUUUUUUACAGCUUGCACCAAUCAUGAAAAAUAAUAUGGGGUAAGGGCACGAAAUUAACGCUCGCAAACUCGCAAAAUGCGGGUGAAAUUUUGUAUUUAGCGAGUGGCAAAAAAUUUAACUAGCUGAGGCCCCGUCCACACGUAUCCGGAAAUUUUUGUAUCAGCAAAUUAUUUUUUGCGGAUACGAAAAUGUUUGCGUCCAUCCACACGCAACGUAUUCGAAUCGU